UCUGCGGGCCCUCGGCCGCCGCGCGCAGCGUUUCGCUUGGGAUGGCUUCCUGGAGGCGCUGGGCCGCGCCGUGCCCGAGGUGCGGGGCCCGGACGGCCGCCUGGAGCUGACCCCGCUGUUGCUACGGUUACCUGGGGUAUGUCGGAAGAACCUGAUGUCCCUGCUGCUGGCCCUUCGACCCUCCUUACCUGAAAGUGGACUCCAGUCUGUGCUGCAGCUUGACCUGCAGGACACAGCGUCCGAUGCCUGGCUCCACGCCCUGGGGGAGCUGCUACGGAGGGAUGUGGGGGUCGGAGUCGCUGUGGAGGCAUCCUCUCCAUUGACUGGAAGCUGUCAGUCACAGCUCCGGGACCUGUGUGGGCGGCUGGGCCAAGGGGGGAGGGGGCUGAAAUCGGCCCUGGCUCCAGAUCCUGAGCAAGAGGACAGACUCUCACAGCCUUGUGGGAAACGGAGGAAGGAGCCAGAAGAGGGCGCCAGCCCUGAGUCGGAGAGAUCCCCUAAAAGGUUCCGGGGUUGUAAGGAGGAGGAGGUGGUGGAAGGAAAGGACUGGGAAGAGAGAUCCAAGCUGGAGUCGUCGGAACCCGCAUCAGAUGCAGGAGGUGUGUCGCAUGAUACUGAAGUCGAGGCUCCAGAGACUAGUCCCAUCGUGGAGGAGGCUAAGGGUCCCGCCGCUGAGAGUGUGGAGUUGCCCAAAGCUGUCCAGGGGCUGGAGGGGCUGGAGGAGCCCCCAGUGGACCUGCAGUUUCUUCAUGAAUGUAGUCCCAGCGAGAUGGAGUUGCUAUGCAGCGAAUUACAGCUACCCCAGCUCGCUGACCAAGGCCUCCUGCAGCUCUGCAGCCACCUGCUGGGUCUCGCGCCAGCCCUCAGCAUCAGCAACGCCUCUGUGCUGGCCAGGAACCUCUUUCUUGACCGGAUCCGUUCCCUGCAGUCCUCUGGCUCCAGGCUUCUCAGAGUGGCCCUCAUUUCCUUCUGUGUAAAGUACACCUACGCCAUCUGCAGGACUGUCCUCUGUCCCUUGCUCCAGGACCCACGUGUAGGUCCUGCGCAGACCGAGUUACUGUGUUCCCUUAUAAAGGAUGAGUCCCUGGAGCCAGACAUGCAGGUCCAGAUUCUGGGGCAGGUCCUGGAGCUGGCCUGGAGGGAGGAGACGUUCCUGGUGUUGCAGGCUCUCCUGGAGCGGCCGGUGGAGAUGACCCCUGAGGUGUUCAGUGUCUUGGUACAGAGGCUUUGCAAAGAGGGGCCGGCAGCCACCACCUCCAUGGCCUAUGCGAAGCUGAUGCUGACGGUGAUGACCAAGUACCAGGCCAGCAUCACAGAGCAGCAGAGCCUGGACCUGGCUGUGGCCCUAGAGCCCAACGCCACCUUCCUGAAGAAGUCCCUGCAGGCUGCGCUGAGACAUCUGACCUGCUGACCACCCACAAGGAAACGCGCGGCCCUGACCGCUUGCCUCGGAACACAGCCUAAGCUUGACUGGCUUGGCAGUCAGCUGCCUCUUGCCCAACACCCCAGGCUCUGCAGGGGCCAUGUUGACGCCACAAAGAGCAGAGAGGAGGCCCUGGGUACCACUCCAGUCCUGACAUCAGGAUAUGGGGGCGGUGGAGGGUGAGUGGGAUGUGGACAAAGAAGCCGGACUUUCAGUGUAAAUCUUUUGUGCUCAGGCGGCAGCGCAUGUACUGAGUAAUUUUGUAAGUUCUUAAUAAAAACAGGAAAGUUCAUCCAA